UGAAUGUAACUUUACUCCAAUACAACAUCGCUCUCAUCGUCGCAAACAACCCCUCACGCAUCGAAACCAGGACGGGCAAAAUGCCUCAUACCAUUGGUUUCCUUUAUCCUGUAACCCAACUUCAAGCAUCGACGCAGACUACAAAAGCUGAUACCGAUUGCGGGAGGAAAUAGCUACUCAAGUACUACUGAGAUGAAGUUCCUAGUUGCAACCGCUUCUGCUGUCCUAUUUACUCUGCUCAAACCUCACCCAGCUUCGGGUGCAACGGUUCCCGUUACUCUUGAUAUCAUCAACGCUGUGGGCGCCCCCGAUGGGUUUUCAAGAACUAUGGUAACGGCGAACGGAACUUAUCCAGGCCCUCUUAUUACAGCGAACAAGGGCGACACUUUGGUAGUUACAGUGAACAACAAAUUGACCGACGACAGCAUGCGUAUGAGUACAGCCAUGGAUUUCGAUGGACUUUUCGUUGACACCGCCAACUCUUUCAAUGAGGGAAGCUCUUUUGUCACAGCCUGUCCGAUCGCUCCAAACGCAAGCUAUACCUACACUAUUCCUUUAAUUAACGACCAAACUGGUACUUUCUGGUAUCAUUCGCAACUAAGUGUUCAAUAUGUCGAUGGUCUUCGCGGAGCUCUCGUUGUCUACGAUCCUGAGGACCCUUUGGCCGACUUGUAUGAUGUCGACGACGAAAAUACAAUCUGGGCAGUUGGCGACUGGUGGCACAACACUUCGACAUCUAUGCUUGUAACAUAUGUUGCCAGUGGUAUCGUCCCAGUUUCCGACACUGGAACAUUCAACGGCGUUGGAAGGUUCAACGGUGGACCAGAGGUUCCUUUCUUUGUCACCAACGUCGUCGCUGGAACUCGCUACCGUUUCCGUAUCAUCAAUCAAUCUGCGCGUAACGUUUUCACCAUGUCUGUUGACAGUCACAAUCUGACGGUUAUCGAAACCGACGGAACUCCGACCACUCCAAUGACUGUCAAUGAAAUCCAAAUGCUUGCUGGCCAGCGUUAUUCCGUUGUCCUCGAGGCCAACCAGCCUGUUGACAAUUACUGGAUCAACGCCCCCUACACCGGAGGCUCUCCGGCUGUUAACUUGAACCAAAAUGCCACGCUCGCUCGUGCUAUUCUGAGAUACCAGGGCGCUCCUGAAACUGACCCCACCGCACCAAUGUCUCUUGGCCCAGCUGAAUCAGAAUUGAACGCUCUCGUCGAGGCCAACCUACGCCCAUUGGUUGCUCAAGCUGCACCAGAACCCGACAUCAACAUCACCCUGAACCUCGUUGUGACUGCUGGACGAGCUCAAUGGAACGUCAACAACGUUUCAUACCUACCGCCUUCAGUGCCUACUCUCUUGAAGAUUCUUGACGGUGCCAACAGUGCUUCCGAUUUCAAUGUAACUGAGAACACCUUCGUCCUUCCUGCAAACAAAACCGUGCAGGUUAUAUUCCCGCCCAGUGAUGACGACGAGGCUCACCCGUUCCAUUUGCAUGGAAACAACUUCUGGCUUGUUAAAUCCAACACAACCGACGUAGUCAACACUGCAAACCCCAUCCGACGUGAUGUCGCAGGUGUCGGCGCUGAGGGUACCAUUGUUCGGUUCUCCACUAACAACCCAGGCCCGUGGUUCUUCCACUGCCACAUCUUCUGGCACUUCCAAGCUGGUCUGGCAACAGUUAUGGCCUCGGGUCUUGAUGAAAUCCGUGAACAAGUUCACCCUACUCAAGCUUGGGAUGCUCUAUGCCCUGCGUACGAUGCUCUUCCUGCGAACUUGCAAUGAUUAUCGGAAGGGCUCAGAUGGUCAUGAACUUUGGGGAAACAAAGAAUUAUUUAAGCGAUAGUUGUUACUUUUGUAUCAAAUCAUAUCCGUGGCAGCAAUAAAGC